AUGAGCGCAUUUGAGGGGUUGCCUGAGGCCUUCUUGAGGCCUCAGUUUCGCCAGGCCAAAGUCGCCGGGUGUACGUACCGGCAAAUUGAGGUUGACGACGGCUCUCGGGACUUGUUUGACCUGCCCCUCUGGGAUCAGAACGACAAUCUGCAUAAGUGGCAAAGGAAAAAAGGAGGUGACACUGGAGACGGUGGAGACAACGAAGCGCACGUCAGACACUGGGAAGCGGAGGACGACUAUCUCGACGAGGAAGCGAGUCUGUUGACGUUUGAUGACUCGUCCAGUUCUUGGACGCUGCACAUGAGCAUUCCGCGCGCUUUGCACCAUGCGGUUGUCGGGAAAAGAGGACAGAAGUUGCGUGAACUGGAGAGGGAUUUUCACGUGUCCAUUCAAAUGCCGUCUGCGAAUGAAGAGGAGGUAACCAUACAGGGGUCUCAGCGCGAUUCGCUUCUCUCGGUGAAGGCAGAAAUCGAACUCCUGCUCGAACAGCAGAAGCCCGCGAGACGCUACUCCCAUUUCAUCUGCAUCCCCCUUACCGACCCCCGAUUAGGGGAAAGAUUUAACAUCUUCAAAGCGCAGUUAAAAGCCGCCUAUCCUGACCUCGACGAGGCGCUCUUUGCUCAACCGAACCGCCUGCAUUUCACCAUUCUUAUGCUAAACCUUCCCACCAAGGAGAGUGAAGAGACGUGCCGGCAUUUCCUGGAGUCUCUUGGACCGCGAAUCUACGACGCCGUCGACACACGAUGCAUGCGGCUACACCUUAAGGGUCUGGAAAUCCUGAACGAUGACCCCUCGUCAGCCCAUGUGGUGUACACCACGCAGUAUAGUGGGAACGACGCCGACCAGGAGACGCUCGACAGGCUGAACCGUCUCUGCGAGGCGGUUAUCGUCGCAUUUAAAGAAGCGGGAAUCGUCACGGACGAGGAACUUCGUCGCCAGCGCCUCGUCGACAGUGAAGGCAAGAAAUGCUCCGUCAAACUGCAUGCGACAGUCAUGAACACGACUUACCAGAUCCGGAAGGCCAGGCGCUCCCGCCCCGACGCCGAAAACGAAGAUUCUUCUUCGGCGCUGGAGAGGCGACGCGAGGCCAUUCGACACGCCCGUGGAGGCUUCGAUGCCACUCAGUUGCUCAGAGAUUUCCGUCUCUUUGAUUUCCUCAAUGCCCAAGCGACUUGCGUCAGUCUGUGCAGUCUGACUGGCAGCGAAGAACAGGGAGGUUUCUACCGAACUGUCGCCUCGGUGCGACUUCCAUAG